GUCCCGGAGGAUGCGUGCCGUGGCAAGAAUGGCGGGCGUGCGCGCCGGGCCCCGGGCCACCGGCCGCUGAUGGAGUUGGCCGACGAGCCGCCCGAGGCGCUGACGGCCGGCGACCCCUGGCAGCGCGCCUUCCACAUCCUGGUGCGCGAGUAUGUGGUCACCUUCCUGCUGUUCGUACUGCUGCUGGCGCUGGCGUACGGCCUGGUGCAGCGGUACGCGCGGCGCGAGCAGGCCGAGUACGCCGUGCGUGAUGACGAGGAGGCGACCGUACACCGCACCGCGCUGCUGCUCUGCACGUUCUCGCUGGCGCUGGCUGGCGGCGCCGCCCUGCUGCUGCCCAUCUCGAUCACGGCCAACGAGAUCCUGCUCUACUACCCGGACUCGUACUACAUGCAGUGGCUCAACAGCUCGCUGAUACAGGGCAUCUGGAAGUACAUCUUCCUGCUGUCCAACCUGUCGCUGUUCGUGCUGCUGCCGUUCGCGUACCUGUUCACCGAGUCGGAGGGCUUCGCCGGCGCACGCAAGGGGCUCCUCUCGCGCGUCUACGAGACGUUCACCGUGCUCUCCCUGCUCGCCGUCCUCGUCGUCGGCAUCGCGUACGUGCUGUCGGCCUUCCUGGACGGCGAGAGCGGCCGGCGCAGCCUCUUCGGCGUGCUGCUGCUGCUGCUCUGCACGCCGCUCGGCUUCGCCCGCCUCUUCGACCUGGUGGGCCGGCUGCUGGUGCGGCCGCAUCUCAUGGACGACCGUGGAGGAGCGCGGAACCUCGGCUACCCGCUGGUGAUGCUGGCGCUGCUGGCGCUGACGGCCGCCGCCGAGUUCAUGGUGCUGCGGAACUCGGUGGAGCUGCUGGUCGGCGUCAAGGCGCUACCACUCAGCACGCAGCAGAUCGUGCUCAUCGGCUACUUCCUGCUGACCUCGCUGGUCGGCUUCUACUCGCUGCCGGCGUUUAGUCGGCUACGGCCGGCGGUGGCCGACACCCCGCUGCCGGCGCUGAUCGCCAACUGCGCCGUCAUGCUGGUCAUCUCGUCGGCGCUGCCGCUGCUCAUCCGCACGCUCGGCAUCACCAACUUUGACCUGCUCGGACACUACGGCAAGGUGCGCUGGCUGGGCGACUUCUACAUCGUCUUCUUCUACAACAUCGUGUUCGCCGUGGCGUCGGCGCUGUGCCUGGUGAACAAGUUCACGGCGUCGGUGCGGCAGGCGCUGUUCCGGCGGCUGGCGGCGCUGCGGCGGAGCCUGCAGGCCGACCGGCCGCUCACUCACAACAUUUCUACAGGUCCUGAUGUCAAGCCUGAUGUCAGGCCGGAUCCGCUGGCGUUGUCACCGUCGCCAGUGGAUGUCUUCACCCCGGUCGGUGGUCCGGCUGAGUUGUUGGACGCUCCUAACGAUAUCAAGCCUGAUCCGUUGGCAUUGUCGGCUCCAUAUCUGCGUCUACUGAAAGCGGCUAAUGGCUUCUCAUCUCGUACGACAGAUGCUACUUGGUUCUGCUGUGAAUACUGCAAUUUCCAGUGUUUCGAUCCAGGUGGUCUCUCGGAGCACGUUAAGUGCCAGCAUCAAGAGAAGUCGCUGGACUCGGCUUUGCCGGACCGAAGGCUCGUUUCAAACAACCAACGCGUUCAGGCUCCCACUGACAAGCCUGGCCUCUUGACGAGGCCGUUCAGAUGUCACGUGUGCAACGCUCCGUUUACGCGAAGCGAUAGCCUCGCGUUGCAUGUUCGGAUCCACACAAACCAGAGCACAUGUGGUUUUACGGAACGUAGACGGACGCGCACCGGCGAGAAGCCGUUUCCUUGUGAGCUCUGUGGGCGGUCGUUUCGGCGCAGAGGCACCCUCGCGCGUCACCGUCUCACCCACACCGGUGAGAAUUCGUUCAGAUGUGAGAUCUGUGGAAAGUCGUUUGUUUCAGGCGGCAGCCUUACGCUGCAUACUCGGACUCACGCCGGUGAGAAGCCGUUCGGUUGUGGAGUAUGCGGGAAAGCGUACAGUCAGCGUGGAAGCCUUAGGUAUCACCUCCGGACUCACACAGGUGAAAAACCGUUCAGCUGCGAAAUUUGUGGGCGGUCGUUCAUUCAAAGGAGCCACGUUACCAACCACCUCCGGACACACUCAGGGGAGAAGCCGGUGAGUUGCGAACUCUGCGGGCGGUCGUUCUCGCAAAAGGCGGACCUCAUUUCCCACCUCCGCACUCACACAGGUGAAAAGCCGUUCAGUUGCGAAGUCUGUGGUAAGUCGUUCAGGCAGAGCAGUGGCCUUAGAUGUCACCGCCGGACCCACACCGCUGAGGAAUCGUUCAGUUGUGAGGUUUGUGGGAAGACGUUUAGUCAAAGCAACAGCCUGAGGGUGCACGUGUGUUCACAUCGGUGAAAAUUCUUACUGAUGUCAUAACACGCGCUCGGGAGGAGGUUCGGCCAAUUCCCCCCCGUUGCCUAAAAUAACCUCCGAACGGUGCAGCAUAGCGGCGCCUAACCUUUUCAUGGCCGGAUCCAAUUAAACAGGCCGAUCAGGUUAGAACCAGUCACCAGUGUGACUGGUGCAACACCAGUGGUAUUUUGCAUAGUACAAAUAUUUCUGUUGGGAUGGUCGCAUGGGGAGGUCUUGGGAUUUCCGGGCAUUGUUCCGUAGUUUGGCCUGGUUUGACCUUACUUAACUUUGGGGUCAUGACCUAGGGGCUAAGUUUGGCGCAAGUGAGCUCUCAUGCGGAGUUAUCUACGUUGUGAUUUUGGUGUCUCUAACUUUUGUAGUUUUUUUUAGAUCUCAGGGGGUCAAAUUGAAACCUCCCCCACCUGAGCGGCGUCCCAUUUAGCCGGCCACCCGGGCGUGUGUCAGCGGCGGAAAACUUCUGGCCACAACGAGUGAUAUGCACGCUCACAUUCGUGGCCACUUGGUUCAGAACGCUGCUCGUGGAGCGUGUCAUAACACAUCCCUGCAAAGAAAUGUGAUCGUUUGUGAAAUGUGCGGUGAAUCGUUUGACGUGAAAUAGUCACAUUCAGUUACGCUUCAAGGCACCUGAGUGGGUUUUCGUUCGUGGUGUUUUAAAAGCCGUUUUUGUACAAUGCGCUUUGCAUGUCCAUGGCUCCCGCAGCGCGUGUGGUGCGUGUCUGCGUGGUCCGCCAGAAAUAAAAUAAAACCUGUCGUUGA